AUGUCAUUUACUAUUCUCUGCACGUUUGUGUUGACGUUUUAUGUUGUAAUAUGGUUUUUUGAUUCGUUUUUCAAGAGUUGCAUGCACUAUCCCUAUUAUGCAUUCUUAGAAGGCACUGGGCUAAAAAUUGGAAUUUUUAACUUCUCCUGGACAACAAGUGCAUUCAAUAGAUUUAUAUACAGAUGGAGCAAGAAUCUAACUAGAAUUUUGCGCAAGUGGUUCAACUUUGGAUAUAUAUUUACUAUUGGACUAUUCCUACCAUUUGCUAUAUGGACACUUUUAUCAUUUAUUUUUGAGCAUUUCCAUGAAUCUAUUCAACUGAAUAGUGUACCAGAGGUGAAGGCUAUGUUGCCUGGAGUCAAUAUUCCUGCAUCAGACUUUUGGUUUUAUUUCAUUGCUAUUGGGUUUAGUUCUAUUUUUCAUGAACUUGGACAUGCAGCUGCUGCAGCUCAAGAAGAUGUACAAUUGAUUGAAGUGGGUGUUUAUGUAUUUACUAUAAUUCCCAUUGCUUUUGUUAAACUUAACACUGAACAUUUAAGCAGCCUAGACAUAUCAAAAAGACUGAAAAUAUAUUGUGCUGGAGUGUGGCAUAAUGUUGCUCUAGCAUUUUUAGCAUUGCUACUAUUUUUCUCAGCUCCAAUUCUCUUUAGUUUAGCAUAUAAAACUGACAUUGGUGUGAGAGUGACAGGUUUUACAGAUGAUUCACCACUGAAAGAUGCAAGAGGAUUAGAAGAAAAUGACAUCAUUAUGUCCAUUAAUGAUUGUACAGUAAAAAAUGGUAAUGAUUGGUCAUAUUGCCUUCACAUAGCUCAUGAUAGAUUUGGUAUAUGCACAAGUGCAGAAUAUAUUGCACAAAAUGAUGAAAUUAUGAUGGAGACUAUCAAGGAAAAUGAUGUAGUAGAAUGUUGUCGUAAAGAUGAUUUGUAUAGCUUUUGUUUUGAAUACAUGGAACCGAAGGCUGUUGUUGAUUCAGUGUUGCCAGGACAGUAUUCUUGCUUGAGACCUAGAGAUAUGGUGAAGAAUAAACUAAUUAAAUGUACUGAGCCAAACGGCUACACCUGUCCAAGAAAUAUGCACUGUUUAAAACCGUCACUAAAUAAUCAAACAUAUUUAAUAAUAGUGGAAAGGAAGGACAAUAAUGCAGUUCUCUAUUUAGGUUUACCAUAUGACAUUCAUAAAACUGUUUUUGUAGAUCAAUAUUUCCCUAGAAGUGCUGUUAUUUCAUUUUUCUCCCCAUCUCAAUUUGAAAAGUUGUUGCGAUAUAUAUUUAUAUUUUCUAUGGGUAUAGGGUUUUUGAAUGUUUUACCUUGCUAUGGUACUGACGGGCAUCAUAUUUCUAGAAAUAUAAUACAGUGGUUAGCGAAAUAUUUUAAUAAGAAUGGUGAUUUCAUUACUUUCUUUACAGUAUUUACUGUAGUGGUCGGCACAGGUAUAACAUUACCAAUAUUAGUCUACUUGUUUUAUAAGGCCAUUUUUGUUGAUAGUUAU